UAAAAUCGGAGACGUAUACAGGGCAGGGAGAAGCUGUUUAUUUCCGUGCCUGUGGUUGGACCUUGUUAAAGAUUUGAGCUGGGAUGCUGGCACCUGGCAGACCACAUCCUGUGUGUUUUUCAGUUUUGCUCAAUUCCUGACCUUGGUACAGCAGAAGCUUUUUCACUUCUAUGACACCUGCUAUGUCUUGGUAAACCCUGGAAGAGAAGAGAGGACAAGGUUAAAAUGCUGUUCCGAGGACCUGGUCUCUCCACAGUGCAGGCUGGAGGUGGCAGCCCGUGGAAAGCCAAGUUCAUCCUCCAGGGGAGCCCAGGCCAGGCUGCCAAGGCUGAUAUUCAGGACAAAGCCAGGGACAGGUCGGGAAUCCUGUGGAGAUGAUCAUCAUCUUGAGGUCUUCCUUCCAGCGUUCCAUCGGGGCCAGAAGAUGGAAAGAGAAAUGGCCCCCGUAACCACCAUUCCCUGCUGUGAUGUUGUGACUCUGGUGACUUUGUAGAUCUCCUGUAAGUGACAUCAUGCAGUACUUGGUCUCUGCAUCUGCAUUGCUUGGCGUGAUGCCCUCAGGGUUCAUCCGUGUUGUCGCCCGUGGCAGAAUUUUCUUCCUUGUUUAGGGCUGAAUAGUAUUUCCCUGUGUGUAUGUACCACAUUUUCUAUAUCCAUUCAUCUGUCAAUGGACAUUUAGAUGGUUUUCAUGUCUUAGCUAUUGUGAAUAGUGCUGCAGUGAUCAGGGGAGUUCAGACGGCUCUUUGCAUACUGAAUUUGUUUCUUUUAAAUAUAGACCCAGAAGUGGGAUCGCUGGACCAUAUGGUAGCUCUAUGUUAAGUUUUUUGAGGAACCUCCCCACUGUUCUCUAGAGUGAGUGCACAAUUUUUCAGCCUCCCAAAGUGCUGGGAUCACAGGCGUGAGCCACCGCGCCCGGCACACUCUAGGAUCAUUUUUAACGCGUUACAUACCUUGUUGGGAUUCUAGCAGAGAUCACAAUAUUAAAAACUUGGGGAAGGAUUUCUAUGACUCUCAUUUUAAAUACGAGGACAUGUCGACUUCUAGUUUUGUAACAUCUUGCCCAAGAGCGGUGGUCGUUAACGUGUGGAGUUGGGAUGGCGUCCAAGUCAGUUGGUUGCACGACCUUUAUUCUGACUUGUCCCAUAGAUUUAGAAAGAGGCUGACACAUCAGGUAACUAGUUUAGGGUCAUCUGGUCAUGCGGGUGAGUGAUGUUUUUCAGAAACCAAGGCCCUCCCUCUCAUCUCACUAGCGGGAAGGGUGGAAAGAACAGAACAGAAAUCUCUCCCUCUUGUGUGAGGCAGUUGCUGUGGAAACCCCAUAGGCUAGAGGCCUCUGGCCAGCACAUCCUGUCCGCUUGUGUCUGCUGCAGAGUUCUGGGACCGGGGCCAUGUCUCCACACCUCACUGCUCUCCUGGGCCUAGUGCUCUGCCUGGCCCAGACGAUCCACACGCGGGAGGGGGCCCUGCCCAGACCCUCCAUCUCGGCCGAGCCAGGCACCGUGAUCCCCCCGGGGAGGCCUGUGACCUUCCAGUGCCGGGGCCCGGUUGGGGUUUACGUAUUCCGGCUGGAGAGGGAGGAUAGAGCCAAGUAUAAAGAUAGUUAUAAUGUGUUUCAACUUGGUCCCUCUGAGUCAGAGGCCAGAUUCCACAUUGACUCAGUAAGUGAAGACAGUGCUGGGAGUUAUCGCUGCAUCUAUUAUAAGCUCCCCGGAUGGUCUGAGCACAGUGACUUCCUGGAGCUGCUGGUGAAAGGUGAGGACGUCACCUGGGCCCUGCCCCAGUCUCAGCUCGACCCUCGAGCUUGUCCCCAGGUCCCUGGACCCUGUCCCGGCUGCUGUCCUCUCUCUGCGGCCACCCUUGCCCUCCUCCUGACCCCCAAGCCCUCCCCUCCCGCUCUCCCUCUGCACACAGGUUCCCUCUGCCUCACACCUGCCUAGGUCCCUGGAGCCCUGGUCUCCUCUGGAUGCCACGGAUGGCCUGGACACUGAACUCCAGCAUCCGGUGGGCUCAGAGCUGCCUCU